AUGUCCAUCCGGUACCAGAACACCCCGUUUGGCGGAUUACGCAACCAGUUGAUCGAGCACGGGUUGGUGUCAUUCAUGACCACGUAUCACAAAGGAUACCACAUCCAGGGUCGACCCAAGAUCAUCCAUCGAUACGUGCCCCGGGCCGUGGGCGAGUUGUUUAUAUAUUUCCAACGGUUGGCCAUGCCAUUCCAACGCCACGUCGAAACCAUGGUGUACGGACAACCCGAACGGAGUGGGUUUAUAUGGCCGCCCCAGGAGGUGGAUGGCACCACAUGGACGUCCGAACGGAUGAAACGGGCCAUGCAACGAGAAACCGAGAUUGGCAUGGGGGUCCCAUUGACCAUCAGCGCAUGCCGGCAGAUCAUGAUCGCCAUUGCCCGGCGAUAUUUGGGUCCCACGACCGGGUUUGAGAGCGAUUCGAUGGAGGAAGAACAGGAGAUGGAUGAGGACGAGGAUGGGUGUUGGUGGACGGCCGACGAUGCGGUGAUUGAUAUCCAAGCCGGACAUGGAAGCCACGUGGCCGGGAUGAUAUACGCACGCGGCGUGGAGGAAGCCCCCGGGACCAUGGCGGCCAUGAAGGCCCAGUUUCGACAGGCCAGUGAGCGAUGGCAUCGGUUUUUGGGAUUUCCCCCGUCCAUCGUGCCGGCAUGA